AUGGCCAACAUGCUGUACCCCUGCGUGCUCCUGGCCAUGCUGCUCCUGGCCGAGGCCGUGCCCAUGGAACAGGAGCGAGGGCUCAUCUUCAACUUGGAUGCCGGGGAGCUGUGUCUCCUCUACGGGGUGUACUACAAGUGUCCCUGUGAGAGCGGCUUGAUCUGUGACGCCGAUAAGUCCAUUGUGGGUGCCAUCACCAACACUGAAUUUGGCAUCUGCGGAGACCCAGCGGAAGCCAAGUAG